AAAGAAACGAUGAAACUUUGAGUUGAGUUGUUGAGUCUGCAGUAUAUAUAUUUUGCUUGUUAAUUUUAAGCGUAAAAUUGUCAUCGCAGACAUAAGAUAACCAUGCUUUAUAGUAUAAAUAUAUCAGAAUGUAAAGGAUAACUUUCUAAUGGUAUAGUUAAAUCAGUACAACAAGAUAACACACAAUAGAUUUAAUGUAACGGAUAUUGAUUUAAUAUUCACGAAUAAAUAAUGAAAUAUAAAAUGUUUCUGCUUUUUCGAGCAACUCACGACUUUCCUAUGAUAGAGUUUACCUGUAGAUGACACCAAGGAUGUCCAUCGAGUAUGAGAGAGUUUCCACGCUAACGUAUCGUAUCCUCCAUGUCCUGUUUACAGUAUUACCUUACCGUGAUCGCGUCCAUCAUCGUCGUUAGGUACGCUCGGAUUGCCCGCUCCUUCGAUUAAAUAUUAUUAUGUUCCGCACGAUUCGUUGGUGAUGUCCGAAGGCGUGGUGCGUUUACGUGCUUCUGAAAGCUACAUCGCGUGACAAUCGAUCUGGGAAGUGGCGGUCGCCCGACGACAAUCAGCGAUGAUUCUGUGUUACGCGACGAUCUAUGGGGUUUUGGUGGCCACGCUCGGUGUCAAUGCUCUGCACGCGAAAGAUCCGUUGGCGCAUCACGGAAGAUGCGAACCGAUCACGAUCAAUUUGUGCAUGAACAUACCGUAUAACGAGACGAUCAUGCCCAAUCUCAUGAAUCACCAAAAACAAGAAGACGCUGGCCAAGAGGUGCAUCAGUUCGCACCUCUGGUUAAGAUGAAGUGCAGUCCUGAUCUUCGAUUCUUCCUCUGCACUGUCUACGCGCCAGUGUGCACCAUCAUCGACAGGGCCAUACCCCCGUGCAGAUCUUUAUGCGAGAGUGCUCGUGCCGGAUGUGAACGUUUAAUGAACAGUUUCGGCUUCGCCUGGCCUGAGAAUCUCGAUUGUUCCAAGUUGCCUGAAAAUGGAGGUCCUGAGCUUUGCGUUGGCCACAAUGAGACUACACCACCAGAACCCUCAGCACCUGUGUAUCCACCACCACGUAUGCCUGUGGCUGAAUUCCAGCCAUCCUGGACGGGUGGACCCAAGCCCUUUGGCAGCGGAUACAUGGUCGGGGCUAGAGACUUUGGGUUUGUUUGCCCCUUGCAGUUUCAGGUUCCAGACGAAUUUGGUUAUUCUCUGAAGGUCGGCGACAAAGUUGAGCCUAAUUGUGGCGCACCUUGCGAUGGAAUGUUUUUCACAGAGAGAGAGCGAAGAUUUUCAAGGGUCUGGGUCGGUACUUGGGCAUCCAUUUGUGCAGCUUCUUGCUUCUUUACCUUCUUAACGUUUCUCAUUGACACAGAUAGAUUCAGGUACCCAGAGAGACCAAUCAUCUUUUUGUCAGUUUGUUACCUUAUGGUAGCAUUGGCAUAUGUGAUUGGUUGGGCAGCUGGUAAUUCUAUUUCAUGCAGAGAACCUUUCCCACCUCUUUUAGAGAGAAUUCAAAUGGCAUCUACAAUAACGCAAGGUACCAAGCACGAAUUGUGCACGGUACUUUUCAUGAUACUAUACUUCUUUGGGAUGGCAUCUAGUAUAUGGUGGGUCAUCUUAACAUUAACAUGGUUCCUAGCUGCUGGUUUAAAAUGGGGUCACGAAGCAAUCGAAGCUAAUUCGCAAUAUUUUCAUUUGGCUGCUUGGGCUGCACCAGCGAUCAAAACAGUUACUAUUCUUGCGAUGGGGAAGGUGGAAGGAGAUAUAUUAUCAGGUGUUUGUUAUGUGGGACUUUGGAAUGUCGAAGCUCUACGUGGAUUUGUUUUAGCACCAUUAUGUGUCUAUCUUAUUCUUGGAACUGCCUUCUUGUUAGCUGGAUUUGUGUCUCUUUUCCGUAUACGCACGGUCAUGAAACACGAUGGUACAAAGACUGAUAAAUUAGAGAAAUUAAUGAUUCGUAUUGGCAUAUUUUCUGUGUUAUACAUAGUUCCUGCACUGAUUGUAAUUGCGUGCCUAUUUUACGAGCAAGCUUACUUCGAUCAAUGGAUGUUAACUUGGAAUAUGGAGAUGUGUUCAAGACCUGGACCACAAUCUCUGUAUUCGAUGCCAUGUCCUGUUGGUGAACGCACCCGCGACGUUGGGAGGCGACCCGAAUUUGAAGUUUUCAUGAUCAAAUAUUUAAUGGCUAUGAUUGUUGGUAUAACAAGUAGCUUUUGGGUAUGGUCGAGUAAAACUCUCACCAGUUGGCGACAGUUUUUCAAUCAUAUACAAGGACGUCGGGCAGAAGCGUAUGUUUAAAGACUUAUCGAGUAAAUUUAAGGAAUUUCAUACAACAAAACUGAUAAGGUUUUAUAUUUCUCAAUCAUCGCAUUUGUUCACUAAAUGUAAACGUAAACGUUCGAAAAAAAAACUAAUCAAACUAACUUGUAACAAUGCAUAUUUUAUUGCAGUUUAUAAAAUUCGAACAAUUUAUAGUAUUGUACGUUUGAAUGAUUCGCAUAAAAAGUAUGUUUGAGGUUCGAUUUAUUGAACACAGAUCUGAAUAGCAAGAUAUGCAUUUUAAGAUUAUUUUUUUAUACUUCACCAGUGCAUUGCAAAUAAUCUAUGGGGAUUUUAUACAAAUAUACCGUGCCAAAAUACUUUUUUAUUGAGACAGUUGUAUGUUUAUUUGAGCUAUUUGUGAAUUUGUCCACUGUACUUUUAUGAAAGUUGCGUAAGGACUGUAUAAAAUGUUAAAGCUAAUCAUUGAUUAGGUUGCAAGUAUUAUUAGACAAUGUUUACAUUAUAUUUUAAGUAAUGUACUCUUCCCUUAUACCUUACCAGAAUUCAUAACUAAUGUCAUAUCGUUUAAGUUAAGUUAAAAAUGCUCAAACUGUUUGCAGACAAAGUGUUCAAAGUUUAUAAGUGUACUUUUCUACUAUGCACAAAACAGUGGGUCCUGUUUAUAGCUCAUUGUAUUUUCAAACCUUCCACUUUAGGUUUGAUUGAUAGAUCGAGAACAAUUACGCUUACUAAUCUCGCGAACAAUUUUUAUAUUUUUACAAAGCAGCUUUAGAGAUAUUUUAUGGUAUUCGAUUAAGACUCGAAGAACAUUCAAAAUUUCUUUCAAUCUAAUCAUUAAGAAUUUUUCGAUGUUUUUCCUUUUCUAAUAGUUACAAACAUUGCCUCUAUAAAAUAAAAUUUGAGACAAACAGAUCUUCGAGAGAUGUAAAAUUGACUUGUAAGCAUAUGCUACUCUAGAUUAACUAAAUUGUAUAUACAUACUUAUAUGCAUUAAUUUUACUAUGUACUAUAAUAUAUUUUUAAAAAGUUAUGUAAAUAUAUAUAUGUCCGCCAAAUAUUUGGCAAUUUUGUAUGUUUCCUAUGCGUAAUCAAAUUAACUUGAGUGACUCUGUGGAACAUAAAUGCACGAGUCAUUCCUAUAGACUCGGUAACGAUUCGCGUAUCGAGUGCAAUCAUUGUUCCAACAUCACUGAUCAAUUCGUCCAUUGAAACUGUCGAGCUUUUGUGUAUGUCUUGUAUUUACGGCGAUCGAUGAAAAACUAAUAGUAAUAUUGCUGUAAUUACAAUUGCCGUUCUUACAUUAUAUUAGAUGCGCAAAAUUAUCAAACAUGAAAUAUACAUGAUGUUGUGUAAAAUAAUUAUAACUAUUAUAUUCUUUAUAUAAUAAACCGGAAUAUAUACAUUCAAAGAGUU